GUGGCAGGUGAGUGACGUAACGAGCAGGCAAGUGGCAUAGCAUUGCAUGUAUCUCCUGGACUGGACUCUCUUGCCUCCAUGUAUCCUUCUUCGUUGCCUGAAAGCCUUGGAAUCACAGUUUAGUCUGGAGAAGCUAUUGCACAUUCCUCGAGAUUCUGUCCCUUGUAAAAUCCGUGCUAAGCGAGGUUGUGCUACUCAUCCCCGUAGCAUUGCCGAGCGUCAGAGAAGAACUAGAAUCAGUGGCAAGCUCAAGAAAUUACAGGACCUUGUAUCCAAUAUGGAUAAGCAAACAUGCUAUGCUGACAUGCUCGAUUUGGCCGUUCAACAUAUUAAAGGUCUUCAAACUCAGCUUCAGAACCUUCACAGAGAACUGGAGAAUUGCACCUGCGGAUGCAAACAAAGCAAAUAAUUAACUUAUUUUGUUUUACGAGAUUCUAUUCUAUGGCAACGUGCAUACAAGUCAAGGUUUUGAUGGCAAAGAAUGAAAACUGAUUUUGUACCGAUCUACUUGAAUGAAUAAUGAAGGAACCGAAAGUUUUUAGAUUGUCAAUGCUACAAUUGUACAGUGUAUGUUGUAAUAUGGUAAUCUAGAAAUAUUUCUUCGUUUUCUUCAAGAAU